UUUACCUUUUUUCAUUCAGGGCUAGCCAUGCAUGCAGAAGAUAUCCAUUCUAACCUUGGACCAGCGACAUUUAGUCCAUGCAGAGAUAUCUGGAUGCCUCUCGAUCUAUCAAAUCCUGCCUCCUUCAAUGCAAUCAUGGCACACGCAGCUGCCCACUUGUCCAAAAUCCAAGAUAAAGAGAGCAACCCGGACACUUUGAGAUUUAAAACAGAGGCUAUCGAAUUUGUCAACAAAUGGCUUAGUGAUCCAACUACUGCAUUCAAAGACGAGGUAUUUGCGGCUGUUCUGCGACUUUUCACAUUUGAGCGAUACCAGGGAACCUCUGAGCGAUCCAAUUUGCACAAACGUGGCCUUCAUCAAAUGGUGGAAGCAAGAGGAGGCUACAAAACCUUUGAUACCAACUGGAGGCUUCAGUUGGCUUUAUCAUUGUAA